AUGGCCAUUGAAAAAGUGCAGCUCAACAACCCCUGGGGCGGACACGACUACGUGUCGGUCGAGCGGCCGUACCACGGCAGCGGUCUGAACGAGACGUCGGCGCCCGUCAGGCCGGCCUUUUCGUCGACGCCGUCCGCGUCGUCUCUCUUCGACGUCGGCAUCCUGCGAGACACGCUACUACCCUCAGUGGCGCUGCACUCCGGGCUCGCCACGGCCGCCUACGUGGCCGGGCGGCUGACGGACCGCGUCGAGACCAAGGACUGGCUGUGGCCCGGCGCCCAGAUCAUCAACGCCUGGUGGUCGGCCGUCGGCACCCAGGUGUUGCGCGACGAAGUCCCCCUCGGCACCGCCCUGCGCGCCCUGAGCCGCCCAGAGCGCCUCAUCCUCGCUGGCGUGACCCUCUGGGGCGGCCGCCUGUUCACGCGCGUCGUGCGGCGCUCGCUGGCCCGCUCCCGCCGCGCCAGCACCAAGACCAGCACCAAGAAACUCGGCACCAGCGGCUCUGCAACCACCACCGCGCACCACGGCGGCGCCGCAGGCUUCUGGAACAGCGCCUUGUUCACGCUGUACCUCCCCGAGGCGCUGUUCCAGGCCAUCGUCAGCCUGCCGUUUACGGCGUCGUUCCGCGGCCGCCGCGGCGUGCUGCCGGCCUCGGCCCUGCUGGGUACCCACUCGCCGGCCUUCCAGGCUCUUGCUGCCGGCCUGUUUGCCGCCGGCUUUGCUCUCGAGGCCAUUGCCGACUGGCAGCUUGACCGCUUCAAGGGCCGCGAGGAUCAUGGUGAUGGUGCAAAGCGGGCUAUGUGUAGAGAGGGCGUGUGGGGCAUUGUGCGCCACCCAAACUACCUCGGCGACGCGCUCGUGCACCUGUCGUUCCCGCUGAUGCUGUACGCGAGCGACAUGCUCGCGCCCGUCGAGCUGCUGGGCCCGCUGGCCAACUACGUGUUCCUGCGCUUUGUCAGGGGCGACCGCGAGAACGAGCACAGCCAGGCCCGCCGCUACAGCGCCGAGGACGUGACCAAGAAGAUCGACUUUGACAAGUACCGCCGCGAGCACAACGCCUUCUGGCCCGAUCGGGCCGAGGUGUUCAACAAGUGGUCGUGGAUCGUCGUUGGCUGCGGCGUCGCGGGCGCUGUGCUCGAGCGUGUUGUCAUGGGGGCGUAUUAG